UCUUUACAUUUAUUUAUUUAUUAAUGAAUACAUAUUUAUUUUGAACUAAACACCAAAAAAGGCUGUUCUACACACAUGGAAUACAAAUAAUUGAUUUAGCAACCCCAGUGCCUAGUUCAAAUGUUUUAAUCCAAAUCCAGAGUAUAAAGCCCAUGUCUGAUUUAGAAUGAGGGGAUUUAUUAGAGACUCUUGAGGCACGUGCAGAGACAGCUACCCUGCUUUGGGACAACCACUUUGCAUUAUCAGAUGAGCCCCAAAGAAGAGGAAGAGGAGGAGUGGACAGCAGAGGAGGCACAAAGGUCAUUCCCUUGCUCAGAGAAGUGAGGUAGAUUACAGUCAGGGGUGUAGGACCCACGGUGAACAGAUAUUUGACCAUUGUUUAAACUGCAGUAUUAAAUCCCAGUACAUAAUUGUGAAGCUGCUGUUCACAAGAGUAACAUGACAAAGCAGGUCAGUGGCUCGCCUUUCCUGAAGCCCUUCUUUUUGAAGACACCCGUCAGAGUGGUCAGACCUCUGCAGCAGAGACGACACACGCUCCCCGCCAGUGAGUUCAGAAAUCUCACCCCACAGGAUGCAAUCAGUGUGUUCGAAAUUGAAAGAGAAGCUUUUGUGUCCGUCUCUGGCGAGUGUCCACUUACACUGGAUGAAGUGCUUAAUUUUCUGGGGCAGUGCCCAGAGCUGUCUCUGGGUUGGUUUGAGGAGGGACAGUUGGUGGCCUUCAUUAUCGGCUCCGGUUGGCACAAAGAAAGGCUUUCAAAGGAGGCCAUGACUCACCAUGUUCCAGACACCCCCACUGUGCACAUCCACGUGUUGUCAGUGCACCGCCACUGUCGACAGCAGGGCAAAGGCUCCAUUCUUUUGUGGCGCUACCUGCAGUACUUGCGCUGCAUGCCAGGCCUCCGCCGAGCUCUGCUCAUCUGCGAGGAUUUCCUGGUGCCCUUCUACCAAAAGGCCGGCUUCAAAGAAAAAGGGCUGUCUGAGAUCUCUGUGUCCAGCAUGCAGUUUAUGGAGAUGGAGUACAUGCUGAACGGGCAGGCGUAUGCACGACGGAAUAGCGGCUGCUAGUCAGUUGCUAUAACUGGACUCAUGACAGACCCAUGCAUUAAUGAACUGGGCUCAACAUUUAACCAAUGAGAGAUGUCUGGGUGGAAUGAGUGGACUGAGUGGAUACAGGCAACAAAAAGCUUUUUACUAAUAAUGUGGCUCAUAAGACAUAAUAUAAUUGUAUUCUUUGUUAUCAGUUGCUUAUGAGCUUUGAUUUUAAUGCUUUUCAUUAAGUUAUACUGUAGUUUGUGCUGAUGGGGGAAACAAAUACAUAAAAAAAUGAUUAAAUUACAACAUAAACUUAAAAAAAAAAAGAAACUGUUUCACUGUU